AUGUUCUAUCAAAUUGAGGAUCUUUGUUAUCGAUUACAACAAGAUGUUCGUCAAUUCAUUAGUAAUCUAACACCAAUUAGUAUUAUUAAACCAUCUUCUACUACUAAUCGUGAUGAAUUGGAUCAAUCAUUUAUGUAUUCACAAUUAUUAAAAGAGAUUAUUUUAGAUAUGCCAUACGAUGAUAAAGCAAAAAAAGAAUAUGCAGACUUUUGUCGUAUUCAAUAUGCGGGCAAUCAUCAACGGAUCGAAGUGAUAGAUGAGUUCGAAGAAACAUAUCAGCCUUCAUUAUCUAUUUGGUGGUAUACACGAGAAACUUUUAUUUAUUCGACAUUGAAUAAAGCCUUAAGAAAUCAAGAUACUGAAAUCGUGAUCAAGAUGGGAUUUUUUCUUCGUGAUCUUCAUUGUCAAAUUGAACAAUUAUAUUCGAAAAUGAAGAAUCAUGAUCGCCUGAAUGUUUUUCGAGGACAAGGUGUAUCGCUAAUAGAAUUUGACAAAAUAAAGAACAGUAAAGGUGGUCUUUUAUCAUUUAAUAAUUUUUUGUCAACAAGUGCUGAUAAAGACGUGGGAUAUACGUUUGCGGACAGUGCACGACAGAAUCCUGAUCUGGUCGGAAUUAGAUUUAAAAUAGAAAUUGAUUCAUCUGUUCCAACGGCACCAUUCACUUCUUUAGCCGAAUACAGUUACUAUAGAGACAAUGAGAAUGAAAUUCUCUUUUCGAUGCAUACGGUGUUUCGAAUUGUUGAUAUGCAAGAAAUUGAAGAUCGAUUAUGGGAAAUUAAUUUAAUAGUAACCAAUGACGAUGAUCCACUUUUAACAAAUCUUACUAAAUACAUACGAGAUGAAAUUAAUGGAUCAACAGCAUUGCAUCGAAUGGGUCAAUUGAUGAUUAAAAUGGGUAAAUUUGUCAAAGCUGAAGAAUUCUACAAUAUAUUACUCGAUCAAACUUCUGAAGAUGAUCACGAAAAUAUCGCUCACCUUAAUCAUCAGUUAGGCAUUAUAAAACAACAGAAUGGUGAUCUAUCAAAUGCACUCGAAUUCUUUUUAAAGGCAUUUAAGAUUAUGAAGCAACAUCUUUCACCAAAUUACUCUGAUCUAGCUAUCGUCUAUCAUAACAUCGGACUAGUAUAUAGAGGAUUAGGAGAAUAUCCAAAGGCACUUUCAUAUUAUGAAAAAGCACUCGAAAUCGAACAAAAAUCUCUUUCAUCCGAUGAUCCAAAACUUGCUGCUACCUACUGCAAUAUCGGUUUAUUGUAUAAUGAUAUGGGACAAUACUCGAUGGCACUUUCAUACUAUGAUAAAGCGUGUGAAAUCCAACAAAAAUCUCUUCCACUCUAUCAUCCAUUCUUAUCUACUACAUACAAUAACAUUGCUUUAGCUCAUAAAGAAAUGGGGAACUAUGAAGAAGCACUAUCUUACUAUGAAAAAACACUUGAACUCCAACACAAAUCUCUUCCAACUGACCAUCCAUUACUAGCUACUACAUAUUGUAAUAUUGGUUCGGUUCUUAAUUUAAUGGGAAAAUAUUCAGAAGCGCUCAAUUACCAUAAUAAGACGCUUGAAAUCGAACUGAAAUCUCUUUCGUCUAAUCAUCCUAGUCUUGCUACUACCUAUUGCAGCAUCGGUCUUUUAUAUCAUGAGAUGGGACAGUACUCACUUGCACUCACAAACUAUGAGAAGGCACUCGAAAUACAAAGAAAAUCUCUUCCAUCCAAUCAUCAAGAUCUCGCUAAUACAUACAAUCACAUUGGUCUUACUUAUGAUCAGAAAGAUGAAUAUUCAAAAGCACUUUCAUACUAUGAAAUGUCACUUGAAAUUCAACAGCAAUCUGUUUCAUCAAAUAAUCCAUUGCUAGCUACAACAUUCAACAACAUUGGUUCUGUGUAUGCUUCAAGACAAAAUUAUUCAGAUUCUCUCUCAUAUUACAAGAAGGCACUUAAAAUACGACUUACAUGCCUUCCAUCUAAUCAUCCUGACCUAGCUAGUACGUACAAUAACAUCGCAUUGGUAUAUACUGAAAUUGGACAGUAUAAAAAUGCUCUCUCGAAUCAUGAAAAAGCAUUUGAAAUCCAACAAAGAUCUCUUUCAUCUGAUCAUCCAUUGUUGGCUACUACAUAUAAUAACAUUGGUUUAGUUCAUCAAAAAAUGGAGGAAUAUUCGAAAGCAUUAGCAUACUAUAAUAAAGCACAUGAAAUCCAACAAAAAUGUCUUUCACACAAUCAUCCAUCGCUAGCUAUUACCCUGGGCAAUAUUGCUUUAAUUCACAAAUCAUUAGGAGAUUAUUCAAAAGCAUUCGACACUUAUCAUAAAGUACUUGAUAUUAUGGAGAAAUCCUUAUCAACCGAUCAUACAUGGUUGGCUACUACAUACAAUAACAUUGGAUCAUUGCAUAACAUAAUGAAAAACUAUUCAACUGCAUUAUCAUACUACAAAAAAACACUUGACAUCAAAUUGAAAUCUGUUUCAUCCGAUCAUCCAUCACUGGCUAUUAUCUACAACAAGAUUGGUUCGGUACACCAUUCAAUGGGAAAAUAUUCGAUUACACUCUCAUACUAUGAAAAGGCACUUACAAUUCAGCAGAAAUCUCAUCCUUUGAAUUAUCCAUUACUAAGUAUCACCCACUAUAAUACAGCGAUGGUGCUAGAAAAUCUUCAACGGUAUACAGAGGCUGUCGAACAUGCCACACAAGCAGUGAUGUAUGCACGUCAAGCUUCCGAUUAUGAGCAUCAGAAAGUUGAAGAAAUUGAGAAAUAUCUCAACUUCCUUCAAGAAAAACUUGAAUGA